AUGGGUGCAAGUGAAGCCCGCAAACACGCGUACGUAUGCAAUUCGCAGUCAGAGGGAAGAAGGCACGUCGACACGCGGACCCGGAGAGUGUGUGAACAGGUGAAGGAGCCGAGGAAUAAAGAGCCUCCGGCCCCCGGCGACUACUGGGCAAGCGCGAUGGAACCACGCGUACCUUCAACUUCCGGAAGCUCUGUCAACAUCCGCAAUGCAGGCAGACGGAAUUGCAGCAGGGCUUUCAGAAAUACCUGCGCAUAUCCUCCACGCGGAAUUGCUCCGAAGACAGCAAGAGGACGAGGAACGACCGGAAUGUGGAAGCAAGGGCGGCAAGGGAUACUAUAACACGCCAGUACAUGUCUUCGCGCUGUUCUUGAUACUCACGCUGAGUACUGCAGCUUGCUCCUUUCCCAUCGUCGUCAAGCGCUUUCCCUCGAUACCUGUUCCGCACCAAUUCCUCUUUAUAUCUAGGCACUUCGGCACCGGUGUCCUGAUAGCGACCGCCUUCGUCCAUCUCCUGCCCACCGCCUUCGAAUCCCUUACCGACCCAUGUCUUCCCAGAUUCUGGAACCAGGGCUACCCGGCUAUGCCGGGUCUAAUAGCCAUGUCAUCGGUGUUUAUGGUGGUAGGGAUUGAGAUGUUCUUCGCAUCAAGAGGAGCAGGCCACUCACACUCAACUGGUGACUUGGGUCUAGACCAUCACCAUGCGAAUGCGCGCCCCGGUCACAAGAGAAGCCACAGCUAUGGGAGGUUUAGCAACGGCACGCCAAGAUUGAACGGCAACGUGCCGGGCAUCAUGCUGCAUGACGUCGAAUCAUCAGCCAAUCUGAUGGCAGGCCGAUCACCGUCCUUUUCACUGGCAUCGCCCAUGACACCCAACGAACCCCUGGGCCGAAAAUCUCUAGACGACGACAACGACUCGGAUCUUGAAAUAAGCAGAGAAGAGCUGGAACACCAAAACGAAGAGCUUUCAGAAGACGAGUCGCGCCUACUGCCCGGUCCCCGUGCUCAGAAUCACACUCAUCGACCUGGCGGCGAGUCGUCCGAAGACGACCAGGAGAAGACAGAAGCCCAGAAUAAAAAGUUACUGUUGCAAUGUCUCCUUCUAGAGGCUGGAAUCCUCUUCCACUCCGUCUUCAUAGGUAUGGCGCUCUCAGUCGCCACUGGCACCGCCUUCAUUGUCUUCCUUGUGGCCAUCUCCUUCCACCAAACCUUCGAAGGCUUCGCACUCGGCUCCAGGAUCAGCGCUAUCCGCUUCCCCGAGGGCUCUCCAAAACCGUGGUUAAUGGCUCUGGCUUACGGAACAACUACACCGAUCGGCCAGGCGAUAGGUCUAGCUAUUCACACUCUGUAUGACCCAGCAAGUGAAGCUGGCUUACUGACCGUAGGCUUCAUGAACGCCAUAUCCAGUGGCUUGCUGCUAUUUGCUGGCCUGGUGGAGCUUCUGGCUGAAGACUUCCUCAGUGACGAAAGCUAUGUCACUUUACGUGGGAAGCGGCGACUGCAGGCCUGUGCCAGUGUCGUAGGAGGAGCGUUGUUAAUGGCACUAGUCGGCGCGUGGGCAUAG